CUUGCUGCCCAUCGAUUAUGGCACUGACGGCUCCAUUCCACAGCGCUAUGCGCUUAGGACAAGGAUUUAACUCGUAUACACAAGAGCUUCGCCUCGAUGGUGCUAUGAAGAUUGUCACUUCGAAUCAGGCUUCUCCAGAUCCAUUUUCAAGGCGUCAACCACAGACAUUUGGUGCGAUUUCUUCAACCAAUCAAAACGCAUUUGAGAUAGUCCCAGCCUCAGGGCCUCCAGAAGGGCAAUCUGGUGAACAUAAUGAUUCUGUUUCCAGGGAGGAAGCUAAGAAGAGUGUAAAUGGCUCCACAGUCAGUAUCCGUGAAGAAGCACUGCGUAGCCAGGAAGCGAAUAAAGAAGAAACACCACGUUUUGUACUUCCGCCGGGUGAGCCAAUCAAUUCGAACCAGAGUGUCACGUUCUCGACGAGAUCGAUUAGCAAUAUGUCUGACAUUAUGGAUGCUCUUAACAUUUCGGCCUCGAUGUCCAUCAAAUAUGGAACAAUUCACGGCAAUGGCAGCGCAUCAUUUGUAAACGAAGAUAAAGUCCUGGACUCUCAGCUGAACUACUUAAUUAGUGUUCGCGUGAACAAUAAUGAUGUGGCAGAGAUAGAUGAGAUAAUAUUCUCAGGACUGGAACAUAUUACACCUGACAAAUUCACCGAAGUCUAUGGAGACUGCUUUAUUGCUGGGUUUCAGACGGGAGGCGAGUUCAACGCCAUCAUCUCCAUCGAUUGUCAUGACAAGAGCAAAGCGAAUGGCGUCAAAGAAGCGAUCGACAUGCAGUUAGCUGUGCCUCCGGUUCCUGGCCUUGAGGUCGGUGGUGGUCAAGGAUUUAGCAAAAACCAUAGCGAGCUUUUACGGGGCAUUGAAAUGACUAUCUCUGUUAACUGGACGGGUGGUGGCGAAUUGAAGCCUCCAGGUGUUCCUUGGGACCUGAAGACUGUUAUGGCUGCAGCAAAUGCAUAUCCUUCGAUGGUUGCUCGAUCUUCGACAAAGAUAUCAGCGAUCCUACGACCAUACACCUCAGUCCCAAGCUUCGUCGAGUGGCAAUAUAAACGAUUUGCUGAAUAUGACAAAGAUCUGAAGAACUACAUGGCCAGCAAAACUGAAAAAGAUCUGGCGGACCCGAAUGUAGCGCAAGAGAUUCAAAACCUAAAGGAUGCCCGAGACCUUUGGAUAGACAAGAGUCUAAUUCUGAACUAUGCUCCAUGUCAAUUAUACACAAACGACCUUUUCAAUGCUUACAUGCAGUAUAAGAAACUCUGGAAAAGGAUCUCCUUCAUAAUGUCAGAUACAAAGAAGUGGCGACCACGAACUAUUGCAGAUAUUUACAAAGACAUUGGAAAGCCAGUUGACGAUGAUAUUUGCAAUGUCAAAAACAACGAAAACGUGCGUCCAGAGUCCAAUCGACAAGCAAUGGCCACAAAGCCUACCAAUCUAGGGGUGAUUACUGAAAUGAAUGAGAACGGAUCAACAGAUAAGAAUCUUCCUGCAAGCGCAAGAACCGUUUCUAAACCGAGAGAUACCACACCGAAAUCAUCCGGGCCUUCAACCCCAGUUCCUCCAACACCUCAUGUAGGCUCUAUAAGUAGAUUUGGUACCUUUCCAUUGAAAGAUCCUUCAAUCAAGGAAGAAUGGGAUUUAGACGCUCUUAAUAAAAGGCGUGAUCCAAUAUCUCUUGAUCCAGUCGAACUGAAUGAAGCACGGUUGCUCUGUCGAGAAGCCAUGACACUUAUCACUGAAGAAGCAUAUAGUCUGGUGUACCAUCCAGAUCUUGCAUAUGCUGAAUAUAACAGGGAAUCGAAGAAGACAAGGAUGAAACGGCCUAUUUACAUGUACCCAGAGGUGCUGAAGGCACGGCUGCCGACAUUCGUUCGCAAUGACGCGGCAACGGCACACCGAUCGCGUGAUCCAGUAAUAUUAAAACUGAAGCAAUUUGAUGACAACGAUCUGUGGGCCAAUCUUCUAGGGGAUGAUCUGAAUCCCAAGUGGAACUAUAAGCAUUUCGUGUCUCUUGAAAGAAACGAGAGCAACGGAUGGGAUAACCCAAUCAUUAGCCUUUCCAUUCACGCUUAUGCUCAUAGUGCUCGUUUCAGGGUUCUUGAGCAAUGGUACAGUGACGCGCAGGGAUGUAUUGGGGGGUUCGGAUUUCGUUUUGAAACUGACAAGGACAAACCGGCAGAUGACGGCUGUACACAAUGGGAGGGCGAUUAUCAAGAUCACGACCCACGCCUCUUUCGACAUAUGACACUUCGAAAUCCAAUCGCACACAUGGAACAAACGCGAGAACGUCAAGGAGAAGAACAUCACAACAUAAAGAAUUCAAUUAAAGAAAUGUUUAAUAGUUCUGCGCAUGCGACAAUACCGGAGGUGAAAGAAGCAGAGGCAUUCAAGAAGCUCGAUGCAAACAACUUCGCCAGCAAGGAUAAGAACAUCGAGAAAAUCGAGGUGUUUUGGGUUCCUGGAACAGGACGCAUAGCCGGCAUGGUCUUUCAUGAUGAUGUUGGAGGCAUGCUAAGUUGGAAGCAAUGGGAAGGGAUAUCGGACAAGCCGGCCGCCAUGCAUAGCGAAAUGCAAUAUCCGCCAAAUGAUGGCACAAGAUGGCAGUUUGUCGGACUGAUGGGCAAUUGGUGCACAGAUAAAAUAGGGCACAAUAAGGUUCUUGCCCGUGUAAGCGGUAUUUGGCGGAAGACAUGA